GAUAAUUAUAAUAGAUGGCUUUUUCGGUCUAUCAACAAUGGCAACUCGUGAGUCGUGACUCGCGUAAGGACCACAUUGAAGAAGCAGGGUUCAGAAAAGCAGAAAAAUCAUAAAAAUGGGGAGCGACGGGAAAUCGAAGAAGAGGCGCUCGUCUUCAAUCUCCGAAGAAGAAGGCAGGAGGAAAAAGUACAGAACCAGAGACGAUAGGGAGAGAAAGAAGGUCAAAAGCGACAAGAAAGAAAAGAUUAAGAGCGAGAAAUCUCACAAGCACUCCAAACGCCACUCUGAUAAAGGAAAGAAGUCUAAGGAGAAGCAUGACAGGAAACAUCACAAACGGGACCGACAGUCAUUUCAAGAGCUUUCCAACGAUGACUAUUUCUCCAAGAAUAACGAGUUUGCAACAUGGUUGAAAGAAGAGAGGGGAUUAUUUUUCUCUGAUCUUUCGUCUGAUGCUGCACGUGAACUAUUUCAACACUUUGUCAAGGAUUGGAACAGCCAAAAGCUUGAAUCCCAAUACUAUGAAGGCAUUGCAAGUGGUCCCCGGACUCGGCAUGACUGGAAACUCAUACAAAAUCAUACAUGAGAAAAUCUGUGACAUUGCUCACUGAUAGCUGUCUUCUGCCACUGCCUUUUGAGGGAGG